AUACAACGACCCUGUGGCGGCCACGUGAUCGCGAUAGGGGGCGGGAUCAAAUAUAAGCGUCGCGCGGGCGGUGUCCGGGCCGCAUUUUGAGUACGGUCCAGCUCAGGCGACUUCUUACUUAUCAUCAUGUCUUCUGAAGAAGGAAAACUAUUUGUUGGGGGGCUGAACUUUGAUACUGAUGAACAAGGCCUUGAACAGCAUUUCAGCUCCUUUGGUCCUAUUUCUGAAGUCGUUGUGAUCAAAGACAAAGAAACACAACGAUCAAGAGGCUUUGGCUUUAUUACCUUUGCCAAUCCUGAUCAUGCAUCAGAUGCCAUGAGAGCAAUGAAUGGAGAGUCUAUAGAUGGGCGCCAGAUCAGAGUUGAUCAUGCUGGAAAAUCUCGUGGAUCCAGGGGUGGCUACUUCGGAGGCAGGGGACGAGGCCGUGGCUAUUCCCGAGGUGGAGAUAGAAGCUAUGGGGGAGACAGAAGCUACGGGGGAGACAGAAGCUAUGGUGGACGUUACGAUAGUCGAAGUGGAGGCUACAGUAGUUCCCGUGACUACAGCAGAAGUCAAGGAGGCUAUAAUGAUCGAUACUCCUCAGGAGGUUCUUAUAGAGACAACUAUGACAACUAAGCUUACACCGAGUAAAAAUCCUUCCUGACUCGAGAUCGUCCUUCCAAUGGCUGUAUUUAUAAAGAUUUUUGGAGCUUCGCUGAAUCUUGUUUAAUUACCUACAUGAUCUUCCCCUUAUAUAGCUUUUAUCACAUGUAGCCUGAAAGCUUCCUCUACAAGAUGGCCUGUUAGACUUUACUCAAGGGGUUUUUUUAAGUGGUUUUUAAGCAUUUUUUAAAUCCAGUUUUAUUUGUCUUGCCUUUGCGAUCUAAGUUUUUUUUUAACUUGACACAUGGGGCCCUACAAAGUAAACCUGUUGGAAGCUGACCAGUCUUUUGAAAAAGUACAAUCAUUUGAUGUUCAUCUCUUGGCAUAACAAGCAAGGGUGACAAGGCAAAAAUUUGGUAUUAUUAAAGAUAUUGGUAUUACUACAUUGAUCAUAGUAAAAGCUAUUUUACUGUAAAGUAAACCUAUAACUCAAAUGCUUUGAGAGGUUCUUGAAAAUGUUUGUUUAUAUUGUCCAUUUUUUUACUGGAAGAAAUAUGCAUAAUUUCAAUUAAUUGUAUUUGAAGUGGAUAAGGAAUUUCCUGUACUGAGGUUUUGGCUUUACGAAGCCCAUUAAAAUCCCACCUGAAACAAUUCUCUGUUCCUGAUGUUUGCACUACACAUCUUUGAUAGUUUAGUAGCUAAUAAGUAAAAGCAUUUUAAAUAAGGCCCUGAAGUGGUAUCUGAGUAAUGAGGGUUUUAUGUACGCCAGGUAUUUAAAAAGUAAGAAAUACAAAUGUAAAAAUCUGACAAAUUGGGAGGGAUAAUUAGAGAUACUUGUGUUUCUCACUAAAGCAAUGUCCUAGCAUGAUUUAACACCAUAAUCUCUAUACAAGAGUCUAAAUGUAUCUUGAUAUCAGAUGAAUAUUCGAUUGUUAAUGGAUACUAUCAUAUGGCUCAAGUAUGGCCAAUAUAUUUUUUGUUCUAGAAUGUUUCAAAGUUUUGGGAUCAACAUUGCAAUGCUACUUGGGGAAAUCAUUUUUACUUCUAGGAGGGGGUAGUGGCUGAAAUAAAAAUUGCAGCCCAGUGAUGACUUGGUGAAAGCUCUUCAGACUUGCUAACAAGGAUCCCAGUGGGAUUUCUCAAUACAAUGGCACGUAAACAGUUUUUAAAUGUGUCAUUCAAUAGUGAAUUUAACUUAGAAUUGACACUGAAGAGUAUUGAUUAAUUAUUAAUUUCUGGAUUGCAAGUCUAUAUUGCCAUAGAAGAAACUAUGCUAAGUUUGUAAGCUGUAUGGUGAUGCUUGAAUUUGUAAUGUUUCUAAAUUUUUCAAAUAUGUUCAUUGAGUAACCUUAAUGGGUUGCUACUUGCUUUAAUUGUAAUGCACUUUAAUAUUGGUAUUCUUAGAGUGGAGGGCAUGGAAAAUAACUUCCCUUGCUUGUACAAACACUUCCAAAAGUAGGGAAUGCCCUACUUGGUGGUUUGAGAAACAAAUGGCUUUGAGCUGGUAGAGAAAUACGCUUUUGACAUUUGGAAGGCCUAAAGCUUCUGUUCAGCUUUAAGGCUGAACUGAUGCUUAGCUGGCCUUACCUGUAGUUAGGUCUGUCCUGUUCUUACACUGUGAGAAUUCUCUGCUAGCAUGUGGAAGCCAGUGUCCUUGGAGACCCCGAAGUGUGUUGUCCUCCUUCAGUGCGAUCCAUGUGAGACGAAAGCUGCUCUUGGCUAGUUCAUUUGUGGAAAUAGUCCUGUAUUUCGAGGUAACUCUUUUGCUCAUGUCUGCAUCUUUUCUCCCAUAGAGCUCCAUUCUUGUUGCUGCAGCAAACAGAUCUUUGUUAUUGGCAAAUUUAUUGGGAAAAUCUGGGGUCUCUUUGGACCCUAGCAGAACUUGGACUCGAUAUGUUUGGGGUUUUGUUUUGUUUUUUAAUCCUGGGGGGGAGGUUCUGCCUGGCUCCUGUAACUUGACAUUCUACUUCAAGAAGGAAGAAGGCAGUCCGCUAAAACAAUAUUCAGAUCCAUUCAGCCACCUCUCUGUUCAUUUCCAGUAUCUUGUGUUUUAUGAAAACUUGGAUUGUUACUUGGAUUGAUGUUUCCUAAUAAAAUCUAGCUUGGGUGUGGAAGCCUUCUAUUCCCACUUAAAUUAACUUCAUAUAAUUUUGAAAAAGGCUUAAAUAUGGGAGAACAAUCAUGUUAAUUUGGGGAAUCUUCUGAGGACUUGGUGAACAGUGUCACCCAGGCCUGAAGUAUCUUGUUUAGAAUUGUAAUCACUGAAAUUUUUGAAAUUUUGAACGAACUUCUUUUAAGUGAUACUUAUUGUUUGCAGGCAAGAAGAUUAUAGUGGUUAUUCUGCCCUAAAAUAACCAUUGACCUCUGAAGUAUUGAACAGUGAGAUUGCUUCUUCACCCAAGGGUCUAAAAAACCACACUAUAAAGUAAGACUUUCUGCUUUAUUUGCUGGAAUAGUGUAAAAAUGAACUGGAGAAGAUGUGAGCCAAGAUGAUCCAAUCAGAUUGCAGGAAUGCACACCUAUCAGGAUUAUUGUAACAAGUGUCAUCAUAACAGACCAAGAGGACUUGUCACUACGUUAUAUUAGAUUGCUGGAAAAUAUAUGCAUCCACAAGGACUUUUUCUGACUAGCCGACAUAUUAAGAAUCCAUACAAAAUUGGAAAACAUCUUAACCAUCUUACUGAAAUUGUAUAUUGAUGAAUAAUUAUUCUGAUCCUGUUGUGGUUUUAGAAGUUGGGGAAAUGGGUGUAUAUAACUGCAAUGCAGUUGUGUAAUUCUUGCCCUAAAAUUUUCCAUGAAGAAUGUCAGAUUAAGAGAAUCCUUAAUGCUUUUGUUUAGAUUGCGCAUGAUUGCUAUACAGUGGGUAUUUGUUUUUUUAAGUAUGUUUUCUGUGCCCUUAAAACUUAUUUUCAUUUCCAAAACUCAACAUGGCAAAAUUUCUAAUAAAAGUGUACUGAUUGAACA